AUGCCCUCCCGCUCUGCUGCUCCCACGCCCUCGGGACACCGCAGACUCAGCGGGACCAGCAGCGUCUCCUCGCACCAACCAACGCCAGAUCCUUCCCGCAAGCUGACAGAAUCCCUGAGCUCCCUCUCGCUGCAAACAGCCCUCUCGUCCCCUUUCCAGCCAGGAGCCCCAGCAGCAGCAGCACCAGCAAACGCCACACAGCUGCUCCCCCGUCGGUCCAGCAUGGAUCUCCGUCAUAGUGCAGGCUCAGGCCGCGACUCCACAACCUCAUCCCCGCUGCCCGACACCCACCCCCGCAGAACCCUCUCCAGAGCACCCUCAACCCCCAACAUCAGGAAACGGCCCUCAAUCACCUCACUAACCUCCGACGGCACCUCCCCCUCCACGCUCACCUCCCCGCUCGUGCCCAACAGCAGAACCAGCCUCGGCCGCCGCUCCAGCAUGAUGUCGCUACGAUCGCUCUCGGUUGCCACGCCCGACCCAGCCCUGCACAUCCCCCCCCUGCACCGCAAGGAGGGAAUCCCAGUCCAGCACCUGACAGCGCCAACAACCGUCGUCUUCCACGACACCAGCUACCGCCACAAGUACUCGCGCCCCAACACCACCAAGGCCGACCUCGCCAGCAUCGUCGAGCGGCCUGAGCGCAUCUCUGCCGCCACGCUCGGCGUCACCGCCGCCCAGACGCACAUCGGACGGGCGAAACUGUCGCUGCGCAAGAGCGUGCGCAUGGGCGGGCUGCUGGACCCGGAGGUCAUGCUGGUGCAUGCGCACGGCGACGGGCGGAGCGGGAAGAAGACGUGGCCGGAGGAGCUGGCCGCAAUGUGUGGGCUGGCGGCGGAGAAGCUGGCCAAGGGCGAGUGCGAGGUGCCGAGGAACUUGCAUCAGGGCGAUUUGUACCUGUGUGCGGAGAGCAGGGAGGAUAUGGAGGGGUGCUUGGGCGCGCUGUAUGAUGGCGUGGAUAUUGUGUUUGGGUGUGCGAAUGGGCUGGAUGGGCAUGAGAUGGAUGAGGAGGAUCAGAGUGGCGUGAGGAGGGCGUUUGUGUGCAUUAGACCUCCAGGACAUCAUUGUGCUGAGACGCAGCCUUCGGGGUUCUGCUGGUUGAAUAAUGUGCAUAUCGCCAUUGCCCACGCUGCGCGACAGCACGGCUUGACCCACGCCGUCAUUCUAGAUUUCGAUCUGCACCACGGCGACGGCUCGCAGUCUAUCGCGUGGACACUCAACAACAUCGCCAACUCCGGCAAUGCAUCGACCAAGAAGACCGCCGGAAUCCACGUUCCAAAUAUUGGGUAUUUCUCACUGCACGACAUCAACUCGUACCCCUGCGAGGACGGCGACAUGGACAAGGUCAAGAACGCCAGUCUGAACAUCGAGGCGCACGGCCAGUUUAUCCACAACAUCCACCUCAAGCCCUACAACAGCGUCGAGGAGUUCUGGGAGCUGUACGAGAACAAGUACUACUCUGUGAUUGCCAAGGCGCGUGAGUUCUUGGCUGAAGCGUCAGUCUCAAAGCCGAAGAAGAAUGGCAGAGAGUACAAAGCGGGUGUCUUCAUUUCGGCGGGAUUCGAUGCCAGUGAGCAUGAGAGUUCGGGCAUGCAGCGGCAUGCCGUCAAUGUGCCUACGAGCUUCUACGCAAGGUUCACGUCUGACGCACUGGCCCUUGCGGAGCAGUAUUGUGAAGGACGAGUGUUGAGUGUUCUUGAAGGUGGAUAUUCAGAUAGAGCACUGAUUACGGGUAUUAUGGCCCAUUUAGCAGGUCUGGCAUGUCCUUCGCCAACGACUGUGAGCGGGUUUGUCCCGCCAACAACUGGUCUACUGCCUGUUCCAGAACCGUAUGCCACCAGGCCCUCAUCUGCGGACCGUGGCUGGGACCCAGAAUGGUGGGGCUCAGAGAGCAUUGGAGAACUGGAGAGAUACUACGAGAAGAUGACUUUCAAAAAGGUAGUCACCGACAAACCUUCAACAUCAUACCUAUCCGCCACCACCGCCUCCAUCGCCCGCUCCGAGACUCCACGCCGCGUCGUAAGCAGCGCCGGCACCGGAAACAGCCCCCCGCUCCCACCACCCGUCAUCCCAUGGGAAGUCCGCGCCUUCGAACUCAGCCGCAAGAUCAUCCCCGAGUUCCAAGAAUCCGUCGAAAUCCCACCCCUCUCUAAAUCGUCCAAAAACAAGCGCCACUCCGUCGCCGUCGUCCCCGACUCCAGCACCCGCGUCCUCCGCGACCGCAAGGCCAAAACCCCCGACGCCGCCGCCCCCCUCGACGUCCGACGCAGACGGACCACAACCGGCGGGGCCGUCAGCACCGCCUCCAGCCGCGCCCCCUCCCGCGCCCCCUCACGGGCAAUGAGCACCCGCGGCACAACCCCCCUCCCACCACGAGACCUCGAGCCAAUCCCCAUCGCCACCGGCCGCCGCGUCGUCUCCGCCAGCGCCAGCCCCGUAGUCGUCGCUGCCCCCAGACCCCUCGCACGGAAAUCCUCCGUCGUCGGGAAUAGCGCUGGCCAGCGAUCACCACCUGUACUGCUGCGCAAAGCAUCGCUCACAACAUUCGACGGCACGCGCACCACCGGCACCAGCUCCACCUCCCCGUCCGCCAGCUCUGGCAGCACAUCCCCGCGCGCCGCAGUCGCACCAAAGAAGGAGGUCAGCGACGAGCUCGUCAAGAAGUUUGCGAAAAUCAAGAUAACCUACAAGAACCGCGAGAAAGAGGAGGAGAUCCUACGCAUGGAGCGCCAGAAGGAGGAACUCGAGCGCAAGCUCGAAGCCGAAAAGAAGCGUCUCUCCCGCGCAGCAAAGAAGUCGCCCACCACCACCACAACCGGCAGCGCAAGGUCGCCUUCAGCGGCGAUGCCAAACGGCGGCGGGAUGGCGCGCGCACGCUCCGUGUCUGGCGCGGGGUCGGUGAGGGCGCAGGUCAACGGCCUGGACAAGAUGAGCGGGCAGGGGAAUUUCCACGGCGGCGGGCAAGCGGCGGAGAAGGAGACGAAGAUGGUGACGCCGCCGCUGCAGACGGGGACGCAGGCUGUGGAUCGAACGUAUCGGGGUGGGGAUAUUAAGUUUUCUGCGACGGGGCCGGAGCCGGGUCCUGCAGGGUUUAUGGGUAGGACGGGGUAG